AAGAAAAACAACACAACCACACAGAGAUGGCAUCAGGAGAACUAUGUGUAAAGGGGGUUAAGGGCAAUGGAUUUUGCAGUAUGGAAUGCAGAUCGCUUUCCACGCAGGAGGGGACCUGCUGAAUCAGUGGUGAAGCGCAGCACCAGCGCGGGUGACACCCGGGACCCAUCCGGAACCGCGCGGUCCAGCCCGCCGUCCUUAGGGAUAGAAUUCCACAGCCGCGGGGCUUAUAGAGCCGCAGGGAGUUUUAGCAAACGGAGUGUUUAUGACCUGUGAGUCGAGCAGUGUCCGUCUGUCCGGACGGUCUGGCGGCCGGGUACAACGACACAAUGACUGUGAUGGUUUGGAAUAGCGCAGGAAAGCAAAGAGGCAGACACAGAACCGGUUCAAUAACAGCAUUUGUAAAGAAUGUUUUGAAACUUGACUUGAAGGAUUUCAGGGAAGGUGACUAUCCGAUAUCCUUAGGGAUAGAUUUCAUUGCUGGGCAUUGGGGCGUUUUCAUCAGCAGUGUGUUUCAGCACAUACAUAUGACACCAUCCGCAAACAGAAACCCCCUGCAGAAGAAAACUGCAAUCCUGAGCUGGAGAAGGUCUGGUUUAGUGUCCGUGUGAUGUGCUGGACACAACAUCCCCCUGAACCGCGACCCUGCCUCAUAUGUAACCGUGUUCCUCACGGUUUACAUGCUUAUUCAUCACAGCGGUAAUCCCGGUUCCACGCGAUUAGCGCUAAUUACGACCACGCAAAAAAAUGGUUAUUUUUAGUCAAUAUAAUUUAUUCCUGGAUAUGCGUGGGCCGAUAGCUGUGCGUAGUCUUAAAUGUUUUAUUUAAAGUUUGCAGUGUGUUGGAGUGCGAACGAAGUGCAUUAUCUCAGGUGCUGGAGUAACACGACGUGAGUCAUAUUUCAGCAGCACACGGUGUUUCCCAGAGAACACAAACAGCGCCCGCUCGCGUCUGUCACUCAGGAUAUCACCCAGGUCAAACCCGAGUGCGCCGGGCCGGUCUCCACCCGAGCGCAGCGGAGGGUUAUCUGUCGGCAGAGAGAAAGUGUCCUCGCCUUUAACGCCCUCCGUCGCGUCAGGGCGCCUGCGGUUGCCAUGGAGUCCAGGAGAGACGCCGGGAAAAGGAAAGAAGAAAGAAGUUUUUAUGUCACAAGAUAAAAGAGCGAAGAAACUGAAAUAAACUGGAGGAAGGACCUUCGCCUAGCUGACAAUUACAACGCGAUAAACUGUGCACUGUCGUUUUAUUUGUCCUGCACUUGGACACAGGGAAGACAGAGCAUCUGAGCGCAGAGAGGGCGACAGGAGUCGGGCUGUGUCUGCAAAGCCCUUCGAGUUAUUUACACAGUCCGCUUGUGAACCGUCGGUGUUGGGAGGCAGACACAGCAUGUCCAGCAACAGUAAGUCCACGGGCCGGCCAGCGCGGAAGGAGGCGAGGCCCCGGACACCCCCAGAAAAGAAGCGCCUGAAAGCCUCAGAGGAGUUCACCCCUAUCUCAGAGGAGCAGCCCCAGAGUCCCACUCUGAAGGGGGAGGACAUACAAGCACUGGCCAUUAAAGUGGAGGAACUGGAGAAGCUGCGGGUGCCCCAGCCACCCAGGAACAGCCAGAAGGCCCCAGGUGUGACCCGGGUGCUGGUGCGAAAGAGCCGGCCUCUCGUGGAGCAGAGGAGGAGAGCUAAGGUGGCUGUGGCAAGACCUGUCCCCUUGGAUGCCACAGUGGAGCUGCUGGACUACAUGGGUCCUGGCGGGCCUCGCUUUGAUGCCCAGGGAAUGGUGCUGCCACACAGCAUCCUGGGAAGCCUGGAGGAUUUUAAGAGAGAGGUGGAGGCCAGAGGAGACACUGAGCUGCUGAAGAGGGUGCCGGACUCCCUGGGGCCGUGCCCCCCAGCAGAGGCAGCACUGACCGGAGGGCAGCAGGCCGGAGCCCCACCAGCAGGCCGGUCCAGUCCGCCCGCCCCCCAGACCCGGGCUCUUCGCCACUGGGAGCACCACAUGGCCGAGCGCCACCGCCAGCAGGGCUUCAUCUCCCGUCUGCUGAAGAGGCCUGUGCAGUGCCUGGUGAUGAACCAGGCAGACGGAUUCAGACAGACACAGGAACAGCGGGAGCUGAUCAGCCGUGCCCUCCCUUCACUGCAUCCCGGCCAGGGGAACCGCGUGGGCAGUGAGUUCUGGAGCUUGCCGCAGCGCAUUGGGGAUGAGAUGAGUGGCAUCACAAUGUCUCUGACGCAGACAGAGAGAGGGAAUCCUCAGCCUGUUACUCAUGUCGGGCUGUCCUGCCAGCUGCGCUUGGAGACAGGCAAUGUUGUCCCAGCUGAUUCAGUCCAGCAUCAACGGGCCUGGGAUCAGAGUCGGUACCUGCAGGAGCGGCGCCAGGAGUUGCGCGAUGUCCUGCAGGAGCUGGAUUUUAACCAGCCGGAGAUAGAUGGGCUGGAGGUCACUGGGAAAGGGCAUCCGUUCACCUCCAUCAGCGCAGAGAGCUGCUCCCAGGAGGAGGACCGCGAGACCUGGGCUGACGAACAGGAAAACCAAGACCCCUUGGCUGACUACCCUGAUGUGAUGAUGGAGGCCCUCCUGAUACCCUCUCUUCGAUUCUGCGGCCAGCCUGCUCGCUGGAUCAACAGCUCCUCCUCACACGAGGGUGAGGUGGGCGUGGCAGCUCGGCUGACGUUUGAAGCUGUGGCUGGGGACCAGGCUGUGUCCCACCUGGAGCUGAGCAACGAUGGCAGCACUGCUGUCUACUACAGCUGGCAGCAUCUCCCGCCACCUCGCAGCUUCAGCCCAGCCCAGCCUGACAGAAGCAGUCAGCACUUUUACUUCAACACCAGUGAAGGGGUAAUCCUGCCAGGGGACACUCAGCGGAUCCUCUUCACUUUCAAGUCCGUGCGCCCAGGAAUCUUCAGCGAGACAUGGGCCCUGAAGACACACCCUGUACUCCUUGGGGGUGCGGCCCUGCAGGUCACACUGAGGGGCAUCGCCCUGCAUGAGGACAAGACAGCUGAGGUCAGAGAGUCUCUGCAGAGAGAGCUGGAGGCCCGAGAGGCAGAGACAGUGGCUAGGCAGAUCCUGAACGAGCUUCUGCAGGGGGUGCGGACCCCCGAUCGUCCCUGCUCUCCAGUGGAGACCUACAUCACAGAGGAGGAGAGAUUCUGCCAGCAUAACCCACAGCUGCAGUAUGUGCAUGGGGCUGUGCAGAAGCUGAGGCAUCUGUGGGAGCAGAGUGUGGGUGCAGAGAGCCUGCACGCUGGUGGCAUGGAGAACCCCAAGGCAUGCCAGGACUGGGACCUCUCCAUCCCCCAUUUUCGACAGGCUCUACUGUCAAUGCCAAAGGGAGAGGAGGAAGAACAGCAAGAAGCAGCACUCUCCCAGCUCAACAGCCUGGUCCUGGAGCUCAGUCAGCCCCAGCCACACUCACAGCCCGACCUGCUUCACCUGAUAGGGCUGCAGCUGUGGCGGGAGGCAGCGGACGAGCUGGUCUGCCAGGCCACACUGCUCAGGCAGGUGCUGGGCAUGCCCGAGAGAGACACCUGGGGUGACCUGCUGCAGGACGAAGCCUUGGAAUCCAGCCGAGGGGGGAAAGGGAAGAAGGAUGACAAAGCGGACAGGAAAGGAAUGGUGUCCAAGGAGGAAAAGAAAGGAGGCAGCGGGAAAGAGAAGGAGGAGAAGAAAGGACCAGGGAAGCAGGCAGGGAAGGACAAGCCAGUAGAGGACCGCCCUCCCAGUAAGAAAGGGAAGGGUCGGGAUGACAGGAAGGCUUGGAAACCUGCGCUGGGAUUCGGAAAGGAGCAGGUUUCCUCGGCAGAAAGCCUGGACAGUGUGCACCCAGAGUGUCAGCAGGAGCAGGUGGACCCUGCGCUGCAGGAGAAAUACCUCCGGCAGCUCCAUGGACAGGUCUACGGGCUGCUGGCUGCCAUGGUGGAGUCCCUCUUUGAUCUGUGUGAGGACGUGAAGAAAACCAAAGAACAGCUCUGAUCCAGGAGUUAAUGUGUGAUCCCGACUUUCUGGGAAACUAUUAUCGCCAUUAUUGUGGGAAGCCCAGUACCUAAUCACAUCUUGUUUGCAGCUAAACUGUAUGUUUCUAAUUAAAAAUUCUCAACUUGUUUCAUCGGG